AUGUCGACCCGGUCGGUUGUGCACGAAACAAUCCUUGAUCGCCAAGAUGCAAAGACAACAACCAGUUUUGAUAUCAUGGGCGAGGAAGCCAUGGAAAUUGAUCCGCGGAUUUCCAGGCGCGUGCUGAGGAAAAUCGACCUCUUUUUAAUGCCUGCCAUGGUCAUCGGAUACGGUCUGGUUUACUACGAUAAGGCCAUUCUAGGCAAUGCAGCCCUCUUUGGCAUGACCGAGGACCUGCAGCUCAAAGUCGUCGACUCGUGGGUGAAUCCGCCACAAACCGACACCAGCAGACUGAGUUGGGCGACGUCCAUCUUCUAUUUUGGCCAGCUAACAGGCUCUUAUCCCAUGACAUACGCCGUGCAAUACUUCAACACACGCUACGUUCUAGGUCCGGUUGUGAUGGUCUGGGCCGUCAUUUGCGCCGCCACGGCCGGCGUUACAACGUGGCAGGGCUUACUUGUCCAGCGAUUCUUCCUGGGGUUCACCGAGGCGGUUAUUCCCACAGGCUUCAUGAUGACCGUAAGCGGAUUCUAUACGCAAUCUGAACAGGCGCUUCGGCAAAGCUGGUGGUUCUCCGGAACCGGAUGGUUCACAAUCAUUGGCGGUGCGCUAAACUAUGGCUUUGCGCAGAUUGACGGCGGGUCAUUAAAGCCAUGGCAGUACAUAUACGUCCUCGCAGGGGGUUUGACGUUCUUGUUUGGCUUGUGGUGCUUCUUCAUCCCCAACUCGCCUCUAAAUGCAUGGUUUUUGAGUCCGGAGGAGCGAGCUGUGGCGGUAGAGCGGUUGCGGGCAGGACAGGCCGGAGUCAAAAAUCACCACUUGAAAGUUUCACAGAUAAAGGAGGCAUAUCUCGACGUGAAGGUCUGGUUAGUUGCAAUCAUAAUGGCCGCUGCGUACACCGUCAACGGGGCUGUCUCUGGUUUCGGUCCUUUGAUUGUUUCGACAUUCGGCUACUCAUCUCUGGAAAGUAUUCUGUUCCAAUUCCCUCUCGGAGGGUUGUCAGCGGCAGGGAUUAUCCUGACUGGCUGGUUUUGCUCUCGGUUCGAGAACACUCGAGUCAUCAGCUUGUUAUUCUGCUGUCUACCGGUCAUCGCGGGCUUCUCCAUGAUUUGGAAGUCAACCUGGGGCUACCAACCCGUUGUUCCAGUGGUCGGUUACUCCUUGAUUGGAUUUUUCGGUCCGGUCGUCAGCUUGACCAUUUCUCUCGGCGCAAGUAAUAUCGCAGGCGAGACUAAGAAAAGUUUCAUGGCUUCAGCGGUCUUCGUGGCCUACUGCGUGGGUAACAUCAUUGGGCCACAGUUGAUCCGCAGUGAAACGAUGGACGAGCACUAUCCCGAGUUAUGGACAGGGUUGAUUACUUGGUGCGGCUCCUCAAGUGUUUUUGAGACCACGAGAUCAUAUGCUGACGCGCGCAGUUACUGUAUCACUAUUUUGGCGGCAUCGACGCUCUACGUGGUUCUAUCGCGCGAGAACAAGCGCCGUAAUACACUGGGCCUGGAAGAAAGUGAGCGAGAUCGACUUUCGUUCAAGGAUCUCACCGAUAAAGAGAAUCUGCACUUCCGAUACGUUUACUGA